AUGGCGGACAUCUCUAAGUCCGGCUCUGAUGCCGCCCACCUUGAAGAAAGGCCCGUAGUCACCACAGCGAACCCGGCGCUGGCCGACCCGGCAACGCGUGCGCGGAUAGAGAAGAGCCUGAAGCGCAAACUCGAUGCUCGCUGCGGCUUCUUCGUUAUCAUCUACAUCAUGAACUACCUGGAUCGGAACAACAUGGCCGCUGCUCGUCUUAAGGGGCUUCAGGAUGACCUGGGACUGGAUUACAGCCAAUACGCGACCUGCUUGAGUAUUCUUUAUGUCGGUUAUAUUUUGAUGCAGAUCCCUUCCAACAUCUUCAUCAACAGAAUCCCGCGGCCCUCUCUCUACAUCGGAGCCGUUAUGCUUCUGUGGGGUCUUAUCUCGACCUUGUCGGGCGUCGCCACCAACUUUGCGGGAAUGGUCUGCAUCCGUUUCUUCCUGGGUUUUGUUGAGGCUGCUUUCCUACCGGGAGCUCUCAUGAUCCUGUCGAAAUGGUACACUCGUCGUGAGCUCACAACGAGAAAUGCUAUCCUUUUCUGUGGAAAUCUUAUUUCCAAUGCAUUCUCGGCACUCGUUGGAGCUGGUGUCCUUUCCAACAUGCAGGGCGUUCUUGGUCACGCUGCCUGGCGUUGGCUCUUCUGGAUCGAGGGUGCCGCCACAAUGUUUAUUGCCCUCUGUGCAGCAGUCAUUCUUCCUGAUUUGCCGCACAAUACACGCGGUUUCACCAAGGACGAGCUUGACCUGGCUCAGCUACGAAUGGCCGAGGAUGUCGGCGAGGCUGAUGUUGACUCUGAGGACCAAGGGCCGUGGGAUGGCUUGUUCAUGGCCGUCAAGGAUAUCAAGAUCUAUGUCAUGAUGAUCACCUUUACUGCCUACGUGGUCGGCCUCUCGUUCAACGCCUUCUUCCCUACCCUUACUGGAACCCUCGGAUUCGGCUAUGUGCCCACUCUGCUUAUGAGCGCUCCCCCAUGGGUGUUCUCCUGUUUGUUCUCUCUGGCGGUUGCCUGGAGCUCCGAUCGGUACCAGGAGAAGUUCUGGCACAUUGUCGGCCCUAUUAUCGUCGGCCUGGUCGGAUUCAUCAUCAGCAUGUGCACCCUGAACGUCGCAGCUCGCUACGUCGCUCUCUUCCUCCAAGCCGCUUCCUACGCUGGAUUCAUCGUCUUCUACUCCUGGAUCAGUACAUCCUUCCCCCGACCCCCCGCCAAGCGUGCCGUCGCAAUCGCCAUGAUCAACGCAUUCAGUCAACUCGGCAACGUCGCCGGUUCCUACGUCUGGGAUCUCUCUGAAAACGGAUACCGGAAGAGCUACGGCAUCGUGACAGCCAUGUUCGGCAUCACCAUUGUCGGCUGCUACGGAUUCCGCAUGAUGCUCAAGAACUUGAACAAGGAGCUCGAAGAAGCCGAGACUAAUGCCACCACUGAGCCCGAAUCGGAUGAGACCCUGGCUAGGAGCAAGGGUUUCCGGUACAUUACUUAG